GCUAGUUAACUUCAGCCUUGCAUGUCAUGGAAUAAUAAAAUAAUCAAGUCUUCCCUAGACUUUGCGAAUUGCAACUUGUUCCCCGCUAGUUCUUCUUACAUAUAUAUAUGUCACAACUGCUCAGUCCGCACUCACAGUCUCAAACUUCGUUUUCAAGCGCAAAGAAAAGUUUUCAUCCACUAAUCAUCAGAUGAACAAGGGUAUGUUGAUUAAUCACCUCUUUUCUUUGUUUGAUGAUGAUGAUCCGCUGCUUAAACCCUUUUUCUUGCAUGGGUUUUCUGGUUUAUUACAUUUAGUGUUCUUGUUUCUUGUACUAUUAUCAUGGGUGUGCAAUAAAUUUAGGAGAGAUUCUGAUCAUGGUAAAAAACAAGGCUUUGUGAGAAACAUUGCUAGCUUACCUUAUCAUAAACAUGCCUUGUUUUGUAGCUUGGUUCUGGUACUUGUUAAUUUUGUUACGUGUAUAUCGAUCAAAUUUUAUUGGUAUACAAAUGGCUGGUCUGAAUUGAUAAUCAUAGUGCUUUUUGAUUCAGUUAGUAAAGCACUUUCCUGGUUGGCUAUCUCAGUUUAUCUGUAUACCCAAGUGCAAGAAUUGAGUGAUGUUAAGUGCCCUUUGGUAUUAAGGGUGUGGUGGUGUGUUUUCUUUUCGGUAUCUUGUUAUUGUCUUGUUAUAGACUAUGUAUACUACAAUAUAAGCCAGCCUUUGCCACUUCAGUAUGUGAUUUCAGAUGUUUUAAAUAUAGUUAUAGGAUUGUUUCUCUGUUUUGUGGGGUUUUCAAGAUAUAUUGAACCAACUGAAAAUGAUAUUUUUCAAGAACCCCUUUUAAGUGCUGAUAUUAGUAGGGUACCUGAUGGUGAAGAGUGCGAAAAGUCUAGAAUGGGUGAAACUGUGACCCCUUAUGCAAGUGCUAAUAUAUUCAGUAUUCUUACUUUCUCUUGGAUCGGUUCUUUAGUUGCAUUAGGAUAUAAGAAACCGUUAGACAUUGAGGAUGUUCCUCAGCUUGCACCUAUUGAUCGUGUUAAAGUUGCCUUUCCACUUCUAAGAGAUGAAUUAGGGUAUCAAGGUGGUGAUAAUAGUAGUUUGACCACGCUUAAGCUGGUGAAAGCACUAUUUUAUUCCAUGUGGAGAGAUAUCUUAUUGACAGCAUUUCUUGCAAUGAUAAACACGGUGGCCUCCUAUGUUGGUCCCUACCUCAUUGAUUCAUUUGUUCAGUACUUAAAUGGACGCCAGAACUUGAAGGAAGGGUACGUUUUAGUAUCUGCAUUUGUCAUUUCAAAGAUUAUUGAGUGUUUGUCACGAAGGCAUUGGUUCUUUAAGGUGGAGCAGAUUGCAAACAGGGGCAAGGCAGCUCUUGUAGCAUUGAUUUAUCACAAGGGAUUGACCCUGUCAUGUCAAUCAAAGCAGGAUCACACCAGUGGGGAGAUAAUAAAUAUCAUGACAGUGGAUGCUGAGAGGAUCGGUGUCUUUGGCUGGUACAUGCAUGAUUUAUGGCUGGCCAUCCUUCAAGUUGGUCUAGCGUUGAUGAUCUUAUAUAAAAAUCUAGGGCAGGCUUCCAUUGCUUCAUUGGUCACAAUCAUAAUUGUGAUGUUGCUAAAUUUACCGUUAGGGAGAUUGCAGGAGAAUUAUCAGACUAAGCUAAUGGAAUCUAAAGAUUAUAGAAUGAAGGCAACUUCUGAAAUAUUAAAAAACAUGAGGAUUCUCAAGCUUCAGGGCUGGGAAAUGAGAUUUUUGUCUAAAAUUUUGGAUCUUAGAAACAUUGAGGCUGGGUGGUUAAAGAAGUUCGUGUACACUAAUGCCGUAGUUACUUUUGUUUUUUGGGGUACUCCGACGUUUGUGGCUGUAGUAACUUUUAGUACAUGUAUGCUUCUCGGGAUUCCACUUGAAUCUGGAAAGGUUUUGUCCGCUCUUGCAACUUUUAGAAUACUUCAAGAGCCUAUUUAUAAUCUUCCAGAUACAAUAUCAGUGAUGAUACAAACUAAAGUUUCACUUGACAGAAUUGCAUCAUUCCUUUGUCUUGAAGACCUGCUGACAGAUGUUAUUAAGAUGUUUGAAAGAGGUAGCUCAGAUAUUGCGGUUGAGAUAGUAAAUGGAAACUUUUCUUGGGAUGUAUGCUCUCUCAAUCCAACACUGAAAGAUAUCAAUUUCAGAGUGUCUCCUGGCAUGAGGGUUGCUGUUUGUGGUAUGGUUGGCUCAGGAAAGUCAAGUCUACUAUCCUGUAUCCUAGGGGAAGUGCCAAAGAUUUCAGGUGUCAUCAAGAUGAGUGGAACAAAGGCAUAUGUUGCUCAGACGCCUUGGAUACAGAGUGGGACAAUCAUGGAGAAUAUACUGUUCGGAAAGGAGAUGGACAGAGUUUGGUAUGAGAAGGUCCUCGAAGCAUGCUGCCUGAAACCGGAUCUUGAGAUUCUUUCCUUUGGAGAUCAAACUGUAAUAGGUGAAAGGGGAAUUAAUCUAAGUGGGGGUCAGAAGCAGAGAAUACAAAUUGCUCGUGCUCUCUAUCGAGAUGCAGAUAUAUAUCUGUUUGAUGAUCCAUUUAGUGCUGUGGAUGCUCAUACAGGAUCAAAGCUAUUUAAGGAGUGCUUACUGGGCAUUCUGGGGUCAAAGACAGUGAUUUAUGUAACUCAUCAAGUUGAGUUUCUACCUGCUGCAGACCUCAUCCUGGUAAUGAAAGAUGGUCGGAUUACACAAUCUGGAAAAUAUGAUGACAUACUUGAUUUAGGGAGCGACUUUAUUGAACUUGUGGGUGCACAUAAGACAGCUUUAGCAACACUUGACUCAUUAGACACCGAGCCAGUUUCUAAAUCUUCUAUUCUAGCUGAGAAUAGCAGUAUAGGGAGUUUGCAGGCCUCGGAACAGACUUUAGAUGUUCAGAGCGGUGAACCACCAGAUGAAAUAGUUGCAUCAGUAAGACAGCUUGUUAAAGAAGAAGAAAGAGAGAAAGGGAGGGUUGGUUUCUUAGUCUACUGGAAAUAUAUUACAACAGCAUAUGGGGGUGCACUUAUACCCGUAAUUUUGUUGUCACAAGUUUUUUUUCAGGGACUCCAGAUUGGAAGCAAUUACUGGAUGGCGUGGGCAACUCCUGUGUCAAGGACUGUGGCUGAUCCUGUUGAAGUUUCUACUCUUAUAAUGGUUUAUGUAGAACUAGCCAUCGGAAGUGCUUUUUGCAUUCUGGGAAGAUCCCUAUCUCUUGCAACCGCUGGCUUCAAGACAGCCACACUGCUCUUCUAUAAUAUGCAUGCUUGCAUUUUUCGUGCUCCAAUGUCUUUUUUUGAUUCCACUCCAAGUGGGCGCAUCUUAAAUAGAGCCUCUACAGACCAGAGCACGGUUGAUUUGGACUUGCCCAAUCAAGUUGGUACUUUCGCCUUCUCAGUUAUACAACUCCUUGGGAUUAUUGCUGUGAUGUCGCAGGUGGCGUGGCAGGUGUUCCUAAUUUUUGUUCCCGUUAUUGCAAUUUGCAUUUGGUUACAGCAAUAUUACCUACCUUCAGCACGUGAGCUGGCUCGUUUAGUUGGAGUGCAUCAAGCUCCAGUCAUACAGCAUUUUGCUGAAACCAUCUCAGGAUCAACCACGAUUAGGAGUUUUGAUCAAGUAUACAGAUUUCGGGAAACAAAUAUGAUGCUAAUCGAUGAAAGAUCUCGGCCGAAGUUUCACAGUUUUGGUGUGAAGGAGUGGCUGACCGUCCGCUUGGAUUUUUUGUCUUCUCUUACAUUUGCCUUCUUGUUGGUUUUCCUGAUCUCUGUUCCUAAUGGAACAAUAGACCCGAGCAUAGCAGGCUUAGCAGUUACUUAUGGUCUUAAUCUGAACCAGAUACAAGCUUGGGUAAUAUGGAGUCUCUGUAAUCUAGAGAAUAAAAUUAUAUCAGUUGAAAGAAUGUUCCAAUACACUUCUAUCGCAAGUGAGCCUCCUCUUGUCUUAGAAUCAAAUAGGCCUCCUCAUAACUGGCCAUUAUGCGGUGAAGUUGAUAUCUGUAACCUGCAGGUUCGUUAUGCUCCUCAUAUGCCCCUCGUUUUGCGAGGUCUUACUUGCACCUUUGAAGGAGGGAAGAAGACUGGACUUGUUGGGAGAACUGGCAGUGGUAAAUCAACCCUUAUACAGACCAUAUUUCGAAUUGUGGAGCCAGCAGCUGGAAAAAUUUUAAUUGAUGGUAUCGACAUCUCUUGGCUUGGAUUACAUGAUUUGCGAUCUAGAUUAAGCAUCAUUCCUCAAGAUCCAACCAUGUUUGAGGGGACACUCCGGAGCAACCUCGACCCUCUUGGGGAUCAUACAGAUGAACAAAUUUGGGAGGUUCUCAACAAGUGCCAGUUAGGAGAUGAAGCGAGCAAGAAAGAAGGCAAGCUUGACUCAUUAGUUUCAGAAAACGGGGAGAAUUGGAGCGUUGGUCAGAGGCAAUUGGUAUGCCUUGGUCGUGUAUUACUUAAGAAAAACAAAGUAUUAGUUCUUGAUGAGGCUACUGCAUCGGUUGACACAGCUACUGAUAACAUGAUUCAGCAAACCCUGAGGGAACACUUCACGGAUUCUACUGUACUAACUAUAGCACAUAGAAUAACAUCCGUGCUUGAUAGCGAUAUGGUCCUCCUGUUAAAUAAUGGGCUCCUUGAAGAAUACGAUCCCCCCACAAAGUUGCUAAUGAACAAAACAUCUGCAUUUGCUAAGCUCGUAGCAGAGUACAGUGUAAGAUCUAGUUCAAGCUUUGGAGUCGCAAGUGGAUCAUGAUGAAAGUUUAGAAUGAUCACUGUAUUUCAGGUGAAGGGAUGUCAGGUUGAUACAGUGGGAGGAGGGUGUCCAGAUCAACCAUCCUGUCAAGCAACUUGCGGUGGCUGCUUUCGGGGCAUUGGCAGAGUGAUCGGAUCUUGUGAAGCUCCUGGUGCUGGUUCUAACUGGUGGAUUUGUCAUUGUUAUUUUGAAGAUGGUGCACCCUGUCCUCCCGCGGGCACUCCUCAGUGUCCAAGUCCACCCAUUCUUGCUUCUCGUAGUUUUAUUCGUCGUCCAAUUCCUUCCAAGGUGUAAAUGUUAUACUUUCGAUUUGAAAUGUGAGCAUGUUACCU